CCAAUUUUGGAGCAACCCCCAACAGCCCGGAAACCGAAGGCAAACCAACCAACCAACCCCACCGACGAGACGAGAUCGCCACCACCUCCCGACCUCCCCCGAGUUGUUCCUCGGCCGGCUGGGCGCGGGGCAGGGGGACCGGCGGACGGCAGCCAUGAACGGCAUCAACCCGAACGGCGGGAUCCUGUCCUACGGGACGCUGGAGGGCUACGCGAUGUGGGUGGCGACGGGCGUGGCGUCGGCCUUCUUCGCGUCGCUGGAGCGGUGCGCCUGCAUCCACCUCCACACCGCCGAGGACGACGGCGACGAGGAGGACCUGGAGGAGGGCAGGGAGCGCCCGCUCAUGCUCUCCCGCCCCCAGGCGCUCCCCGAGUACUACUACGACCGGUCCGGGUCCUCCACCUCCUUCGCCAAGAUGUGACCCCGCCGCGAGGUCCGAUCCGAUCCGAUCCGUUUCCUGAUUUUGCUCUUCGCUUUUGUUCCGUUGUGAAAUUGUUUGGUGUGCUCGUGUGUGGGUGUCUGAGAUCCUGCGUGAUUCCAAGCGCUGAUGGAUCUGUAAUUCCGUCCCGUUUCUUGUCUGAUUCUUUGGUUUGUUUUGAUUUUUUUUUGGGUUUCGAGACUGCAUUGUGUUGAUGCCUUGAUGGAUCUCGAGCACUCUGCGAAUUUCAGAUGCCUGGCAUUUAAAUAUUCAGUGUUCGUUUAUAUUUGAA